UGGCAGCAUGGCGGCAUUCAGUUAUCAACUGCGGCAUCGCUCAGCGCCAGCCGAACCUGAAACCCGGUAAUCUCCAUGGCACGUACUGAUCGGCAUUGGGACGGCAAAUACUCGAAGCUGAUGCCCUGUCGUUGCCUGGGGGGGUUUUCAUGGGAUGGGCAGCCAGAUGCGCGAUCUGCCCCGAUCAUCCAGAUUUCGAUGUCCGAGGGGAUGGGAUUUUCAAGCCCAGUGGCAUUUUGACAAGCCUGUGGAAUGUCACGCUUGGGCUGGGUGCCAACUGGGGUUCAUUUUCCGCGCGUGAGUGGCUUGAACGAAACGCUGCUUGCCGCUAGUAGUCGCCAAAAGUCGCCUUUCGUCCAGAGAUGUCGUUGGCCGUUGAGAUACUUCACUAUUUCAUCACUUCGCAGGAGGGCUGCAGGGUUGCUUGUUGGCUUUCUGCUCCGGCUACCGUCCCGAGAUUGUGGUAGGCAGCAGAUGCGCGCCUGGUGGGUGUUCCGCGUGUCGCUCGGAUGGACAAUACCGAAUACCUUAACCAUACAAAAAAGAACGCAACAGAAACGGGGUGCCCCUACUAGUAGUGUAGCUUCAAGUUGAAGUUUGCAAGUGACCAAAAGCGGGCGGGAGACAGCUGCUACGCCUUGUUUCGUCCAACUCUAAACCGUGCCGAUCUUCCUGCCCUUCAAGUUGGGAGGGAAUGCGUUCGAGACAAAAUGUCCAGCUGUUUUGAGAGAAAAUGUCAUCUUGAGGUCGGUUUGCUUUGGGGAGGCGUACUCUGUAGGCUGAGAGUUUGUGGCCGAUAGUCGUUUGAAUAAGCCGGUCGGUCUGUUAUGUACAGGUAUUGCACGAAGCACU